AUGUCUUCAUCUACAUCAUGUAUUAAAUGCUUCAUUUUAUCUCCAUUAAAAAUGCAAGUCAGAAAUAUUCAGAACAUAGCACCGAGUCUAACUGACAAGAGUAUAAAGAUAUACUAUGAACAUGUUAUGAUGAAACCAACCAAAAUUCAAGAAAGUCAGUAUACUUAUGAAUAUCCAAGACACUGGGUAGAGUAUGUAGGAGGUGAGAAAGCUAUUGAAAUCAGACAGGUUCGAAGUAUUCCAGCAGGAAGAACAAUAUUAUUGAAGAACUUUAAUGUUUUGAGAUAUAAUGAUGAAACAAAGAAGCAAGAUAGUUUCCCUGUUGCUGUGUAUGUGAACUUAGAUACAGGAGAUGACAUGAAAGUUUUUAAUACAAAGCUUCAAACGGUAGUGAGAGAACAACUGACUGCGGAAGGACAUCCAUUACCUUCAGAAGUUACCAUAGCAUAUAAUUUUGAAACAAACUCAAUAGAUUUUAAAGUCAUCUCUGCAAAGAAGUCAGGAUUUACAUUUAAUGAAGCAGAUGUAUAUUCGAAUGAAAACUUCAAAGCUAUUGCAUGGUUAGAUAAUGACGAUUGCUUUAAGAAAAUAUUUAAAUACAGUGACUCAACAAUGUCAAUAGAUGACCUUCGUGGAAUGUUACCAUCGACGUUUACAGUAGAAGGUUCAGCAGGAUUGCUUACAAGUUUUUCAAUUGGUGGUAUUUGGUCUCGUGAGAACAUUGUUAUAAAAUCCAGUAUAAGUGA